UUGUAUAUAAACCGCUGCCUCACACCGAGCGUCAAUCUGUCCUGCAGUUACACACCGGGCGCAAAGAUGAAUGUGAACUUCGAAUCCACCCAGACCUCGUCUUACAGAAGGAGAUUUGGAACUCCCGGCACAGCUCCUGGGAGCAGAUACAGUUUCACCAAGAGGUCUGUUUUGCCAAUCUCCUCCAGAAGCUCUGUAGUUCAAAUGAAACACAUUAACUACCCAACUAAAGUGAUGUACCAGGAGAAGCUCAACUUCACCCUGUCAGAUGCCCUCAAUGCAGAGUUCAAGGAGACUCGAACUAAUGAGAAGUUUGAGAUGAUGGAGCUCAACGAUCGCUUUGCCAGUUACAUUGAGAAGGUGCGCUUCCUGGAGAACCAGAACAAAGUCCUGGCCACUGAGCUCAACCAGAUCAAGGGGAAGGAGCCCAGCCGGCUGGGGGAUAUGUACUUGGAUGAGAUCCGGGAACUGCGGCAGCAGAUGGACCAGCUGAACAGUUCCAAGGCUCGCCUGGAAAUCGAGAGGGACAACCUGCUGGAGGACCACACCAACCUGAAACAAAGGUUACAGGAUGAGAUCAAUCUACGUACAGAAAUUGAGAGCAACUUGGCCACGUACAAACAGGACCUUGACGAUGCUGCUUUGGUUCGUGUUGAUCUGGAGCGAAAGAUCAAUUCCUUGCAGGAUGAGAUUGACUUCCUGAAGAAAGUGCAUGAUGAGGAAAUUCGGGAACUGCAUGAGCAACUGCAGUUGCAGCAGGUCCAUGUUGAGGUGGACGUCUCCAAGCCUGACCUCACAGCUGCCCUGAAGGACAUUCGCACUCAAUACGAAUCUGUGGCCAGCAAGAACCUGCAGGAGGCUGAGGAGUGGUACAAGGCCAAGUUCUCCGAUCUGACCGACGCUGCCUCUCGCCAGUCUGAAGUUCUGCGUCAGGCCAAGCAGGAGGUGAAUGACUCUCGCAGGCAGAUCCAAUCCCUGACAUGUGACCUGGAAGGUCUGAAGGGCACGAACGAGUCAUUGGAACGCCAGUUGCGUGAGAUGGAGGAACGCUUCCGUUUUGAGACCAGUAGUUACCAGGACACCAUCGGCCACAUGGAGACUGACAUCCAGAACCUGAAGGAGGAGAUGGCACGUCACCUACAGGCAUAUCAGGACCUGCUCAAUGUCAAACUGGCCCUGGACAUUGAAAUUGCCACCUACAGAAAGCUGCUGGAAGGCGAGGAGAGCCGAAUUUCGAUGCCUGUCCAGAGUUUCUCCACUCUCCACAUACGAGAGACGAGCCUGGAAUCUAAAGGUUCCACUGACAUUCAAGCAAGAAGGAAUAUUGUGAUAAAAACUGUGGAGACCCAUGAUGGACAGAUAAUUAAUGAAUCCAGUGCAGAACGCAAGGAAGUGGUGUAACUGAAUGUUCCAGCCCGGUGGAACAAGGGAUAAGUGUGGAAACCCCACAGUAGUUCGCUUGCAAAUCUAGAGUAACCUUGUGUAGCCACCAUUGGAGCAGGAUAGGAGAUAAAGGAAAAGGAAGUGGAAUCCUGAGGUUGUGUGACAUACCAAUAAUACAUGUACGCGGGCAGAGGCAUCAUCUCCCCCCGGUCCCUGCAUACAGGACAGGGAAGUAUCUCUCCAUCACCAGUAUACACAGUUGGGGACUGUGUCCCAUUGAUGCCGCUGGGAAUAUCCUCAACAGGGUUUUGGUUUUUGACUUUCAUGGUUCUGGUGAACAUCACUGUCCUGAAACCUCAGCUUUCUCCAGCACGGCGCCCUGGCCUGCUGUGCGCCUACAGAAUGUUGUACUUUACGUUUAGAUUUCCAAAAAAUGCAGUGCUUUUAGUUCAUUAAUGUCCUUCCCAAGCUGUCUGCAAAGAAAUGUCCUUGCUGCAAUUUUUAGAUGGAGCCUGAGGCAAUACCCUGUACAUGGGGAAUAAAGCAAUGAGUGUGCUACACCCCUCCCCUGCGCGCACAACGAGACAUCCUACCACUGCCGCUGUGCACACUGCAGUCUGUCUCUAAACCCCAGAUACCAGGUUGUUACCUUGUACUGGUGGGAUUAAAGCACUCGGCACCACUGACACAGUGCUGUCUCCAGAAAUUGAAGAGAGCUGAUGAAACCAACAGUAAAUACUGUUUAGACUGAUUGAACUCUGAAUGUGGCAGCACUUCUUUUAACCAUAACAGAAAUUUUGAACUUAUUUGUAUCUUCAGACAUCCUAACAAUUUCUGGUAUUAACUCCUUGUUACUGUUCUUUAUACACAUCCUAAAAGUCUGAUUGCUUUUCCAAUGCAAAUGUAACAAUAAAAUGAGGUGAAAUCAGCAGACUGUGUGUGUGUGUGUGU